AUGUUCAAUAAUUUUGACUGCUACGUUAACUCCCUGAGGCUCCCGGAAUCGAGUCCUCUGGAUAUCUGGAUCAGAACAAAAGCCCCUCCAACUGCCGGAAUGCCCACCGUCUGGAGCUUUCGAACACAACGCAAGACGAUUCUCAAACCCAAUCCUCGCAGUUACACCCUCAACCCAAACGAGCGUAUUCAGUUUUUCUCUACUCAAUGGAACAAAGAUACAAGAAUUUCUCUUUUCGACAAAGCAGUCCCACGAGAAGGUACUCCUCUCGAGCAUUGGCCUGCUGUCAACGUUAUGAUCGAGAUCACAAUUGACCCUGAUGUCGAGUAUCCUCACUCCUAUCUUCGGCUGCCAACAUUAGGACCUUUUGACUCUUGGAGUCAAGCAUUUCGCGUUGGGAUACGUAUCGAGUUCCAAGGUGGAGGGAUUUGGAAAUCCAGGUAUCUCAGCACUACUCACUAUUGUCCCGUUUCAUCGAUGUAUAAGUCGCUGAAAGCUGAAGACUUGGGUAAUGAACUCAAUCACAUCGAGCUUUCCUGGCUCCAUUGCAUGAAAACCCUUGCAACGCUAUUAAACUGGCGAUGGAAGCCGGAGAAUAACCCUGUCAGGGAUAACCUCACCCAAGCCGUUUGGGCUCUUUAUAGCAUCAGACUCUUUAUCAUCGACUUCGACUUUCACGUAUUGAUGAACCACAUCCAGUGGAAAUGCAAUGCCCUCGGCUUCUGACCCUCGAAGAGACUUCAU